UGAUUGCGAAGCGUAUGUAUCUAUUAAGGUAACGUAGGUCGCUUUCUGAACCUACGGCACCUUAUUAGAUGCUUAAUAUACCUAAAUAGUUUUUGAAACACGGUAUACUUUUUUAGAUAACAAUACGGUUCCCAAAAAUUUUAUUAGGAAUCUUGUGGAUUUUCUCUAGGGACUUCAGCGAUUCGAAUACUGGUUUUUUGACUUUCACUCGAUAGAAAAAAAUCGCGUAAAUAGGUCUAAAAUGAAUUUUAAAAAUUCGUAAUAAAUUAUGCACAAAAUGCGCUAUUUUAUUUUUUAGGAAACUAAGCGAUUCAUUUUCACUUUUUUUUUAAAUUAAAAACAUAAUAUCCACGCACGCACAUCCAUCUCGCACACACUACAUGAUAAAUAAUGCAGAAAUAUAUCUACAUAUGAUGAUUAGACUGAAAUCCUUAAAGCAUUGUAUUCAUUUGAAACUCAAUCGAACAAAUUCCAAUUUUGACGAAGACCGAAGCGUAUGUUUUGUUAACUCGUGCGAAUUUUCGUUGAAUUAAUCCGUAUAGAUUUAAAUAAAUCAAAGCCGAUCAAACGUUUAUUUGAACUUUUUUUUUUACAGAUCGACGAGCAGAAAUGUACGCGCUGCGAACUGAAUUAUAAAGAAUGAAUACGCCGAUCGAGCGACCGCCGGACGAAAACACAACACUAGCAAAUGAAACGGAACCGUUACGAAUGGUUCUAGAUUUAAACGAUACAUUUUUUUAUCGAACGCUGAACGAAAGUAACUGUACGUUUGAAAAUGGAACAUGUAGUGAUGUGAGUUAUAAUUAUUGGGCGUUGUCGUUACUAGUGUUUCCGUUAUUGACGUUGUUCGGGAAUGUUCUAGUAAUAAUAAGUGUGUCUAGAGAGCGUAGUUUGCAAACUGCCACAAACUAUUUUAUUGUGAGUCUGGCGGUCGCCGAUCUGUUGGUGGCGGUCGUCGUGAUGCCGUUUGGAGUUUAUUACUUGUUUAAUGGAGCGUGGGGGCUGCCGGCCGUGGUGUGUGACUGCUACAUCGCCAUGGACGUGACAUGCUCCACAUCUAGCAUAUUCAACUUAGUCGCCAUCUCCGUCGACAGAUACAUAGCAGUAACACAGCCCAUAAAAUACGCGAAACACAAAAGCAACGGGCGAGUAUGGACCAUGAUCUGCGUAGCAUGGCUCGUCUCCGGCGGCAUCGGGAGCCCCGUGGUCCUCGGUCUGAACAACUCCCCAGACAGGAGAGAAGACCAGUGCCUGUUCAAUAAUACAGACUACGUCAUAUACUCCUCGCUCGGCAGCUUUUACCUGCCGUGUGUUAUUAUGAUGUUCCUGUAUUACAAUAUAUUCAAGGCAAUACGCCAGCGAGCGAAGAAGCAGCGCUCAGCAAAAAGCACAUCAUCAGGCAUCGCGUCAGCUUCCAGUGGCACAGCGGCCGUAGUUAUUGAAAACUUGGCACAAACGCCAAGGCUGCAGAGCAUAGAACCUCCCACAAAUACUGCUUCGGCAUCGGGCAGUAACGAGGAUGAGGAGGAUGACAACUUCGACAGAACAGAGAUGGGUGUAUACGCAGACGAGCUGGCAACGACUCGAUCUGCGAGGUUCAUGCUAGCGGCCGUGGUGGAAGAAACUGGCCUGAUCAUGGCGAACCUAGCGUCCCCCAUCCCCAUGAUGGACCCUAACACGAACAACGAUUCGGGGUACGCGCCCUCUAACGUGGACGGGGAGACCAAGGACCACAGUCCCCCCGCGACCCCCAAAGAAAAAAAGGAGAACGGGGCGCCGAAAAAACCGGAGCUUAAGAAAAAGCUAAGCAACCUCAGUAAAAGCUCAGUCAUAUCCACGCCUCGUCGACGCUUCAGGUCCGCAGCAUCAGCGGCCAGGUUCACCAUCUUCCGAGCUAAUCGAGCUGGGAAGCUGAGAGCCAAGAGCUUCGCGAAGAAGGAAAAGAAAGCUACGCAGACACUCGCUAUUGUGUUGGGUGUCUUCCUCUUCUGCUGGGCGCCAUUCUUCACUUGCUCAGUGUUCGACGCCGUCUGCACCAAGCUCGGGCUCCCCUACGGGCCCGGCUACACCGUGUUCAUCCUCACCACGUGGCUGGGCUACAUCAACUCGUUCCUUAACCCCGUUAUUUACACCAUCUUCAAUCCGGAGUUCAGGAAGGCCUUCCGCAAGAUCUUGCACUGCGGCACCUAGCCCAUAGAUUAUCUGGUCGUGUAUGAUUAGAUCCCCUCAAGUAGUGUUACCUUCGUUCCUGUCAGAUUUUAGAAGUCAAAAACUUAGUCAAAAAUUUUCAAAAAUUUUAAAAAUUUAAAUUUUUGUAUGGGAACCGAAAUAUUCCGUUUACAAAAUGAAAGUUUCCUUUAUUUACUGUGCAAGUUUCCUAAAAUAUCCGAGAGCUUCCAACUUGUUUCAAACUUUCCACAAUUACAUAUCUGUAAGUCAAGCCAAAGUCUGAAAUAACCGUUUUUUAUUUAGGUUCAAAUCAUAGCAA